UGCUUUUCUCUGCCAGGACCUGAUGCAAUCCAUUCAAGCCAACAAGUUUGGAGAGAAUGUUGAGUUCAAUCAAUUCAGAACGUCGAGAUGGAGCCCAACUCACUCCAGUGGGUCGGCUCACCGUGUGGCUUGCACGGACCUUACAUUUUCUACAAGGCUUUUCAAUUCCACCUUGAAGGCAAACCAAGAAUUUUGUCCCUUGGCGACUUUUUCUUUGUAAGAUGUACGCCAAAGGAUCCGAUUUGCAUAGCGGAGCUCCAGCUGUUGUGGGAAGAGAGGACCAGCCGGCAACUUUUAUCCAGCUCUAAACUUUAUUUCCUCCCAGAAGACACUCCCCAGGGCAGAAAUAGCGACCAUGGCGAGGAUGAAGUCAUUGCUGUUUCCGAAAAGGUGAUUGUGAAGCUUGAAGACCUGGUCAAGUGGGUACAUUCUGAUUUCUCCAAGUGGAGAUGCGGCCUCCAAGCUGGGUCAGUGAAAACGGAGUCCCUGGGAAGGAAUGGACAGAAGGAAGCGCUGCUGAAGUACCGGCAGUCAACCUUGAACAGUGGACUCAACUUCAAGGAUGUUCUCAAGGAAAAGGCUGACCUUGGGGAGGACGAGGAAGAAACGAACGUGAUCGUUCUCAGCUACCCUCAGUACUGCCGUUACCGCUCGAUGCUGAAACGCAUCCAGGAUAAGCCGUCUUCCAUUCUCACGGACCAGUUUGCGUUGGCCCUGGGAGGCAUCGCAGUGGUCAGCAAGAACCCUCAGAUCCUGUACUGUCGUGACACCUUUGACCACCCAACUCUCAUAGAAAAUGAGAGCAUAUGCGAUGAGUUUGCGCCAAAUCUUAAAGGCAGACCACGCAAAAAGAAACCAUGCCCACAGAGAAGAGAUUCAUUCAGUGGUGGUAAAGAUUCCAACAACAAUUCCGAUGGCAAAUCUGUUGCCAAGGUGAAAUGUGAGGCCAAGUCAACCUUGACCAAGCCGAAGAAUAACCACAAUAACUGCAAAAAAGUCUCCAAUGAAGAAAAACCAAAGGUUGCCAUUGGUGAAGAGUGCAGGGCAGACGAGCAGGCCUUCCUGGUGGCACUUUAUAAAUACAUGAAAGAAAGGAAGACACCAAUAGAACGAAUACCCUAUUUAGGUUUUAAACAGAUUAACCUUUGGACUAUGUUUCAAGCUGCUCAAAAACUGGGAGGAUAUGAAACAAUAACAGCCCGCCGUCAGUGGAAACAUAUUUAUGAUGAAUUAGGCGGUAAUCCCGGGAGCACCAGCGCUGCCACUUGUACCCGCAGACAUUAUGAAAGAUUAAUCCUGCCGUAUGAAAGGUUUAUUAAAGGAGAGGAAGACAAGCCCCUGCCUCCAAUCAAACCUAGAAAACAGGAGAACAAUUCACAGGAAAACGAGAAUAAAACAAAAGUAUCAGGAGCCAAACGCAUCAAACAUGAAAUCUCUAAGAGCAAGAAAGAAAAAGAGAAUGCCCCGAAGCCCCAGGAUGCAUCGGAGGUUUCCUCAGAGCAAGAGAAGGAACAAGAGACUUUACACCAGAAAAGCAUCACUGAGCCUCUCCCAGUAGCAGACACAAAGAAAAAAAUGGAGGGGUACCGGGAUUUUGCAGCAAGGCCCCUGGUGUCCCGAGCAGAUCCAGAAAAGGACAACGAAACAGAGCAAGGUGCCAACAGCGAGAAGGCGGCAGAGGAGGCAGGAGAGAAGGGGCCUGCCCCUCCCCUCGCGAGUGCCCCUCCAGCCCCUGAAAGGGAUCCAGCCCUGAUUCCAGGGGCUGGCAAACAGUCGCUAACCUCUCCCAGUGCUCUCGUAGACUCAAAACAAGAACCCAAGCCCUGCUGUUUUACAGAGAGCCCUGAAAAUGAACUCCAAGAAGCAUCCUUCCCUGGCUUCCCCACCACGCAGCCACCGCUGGCAAACCAGAGCGAGAUGGAGGAUGACAAACUCCCCGCAAUGGCAGAUUACAUCGCCAACUGCACCGUGAAGGUGGACCAGCUGGGCAGUGACGACAUCCACAAUGCACUCAAGCAGACCCCAAAGGUCCUUGUGGUCCAGUCAUUUGACAUGUUCAAAGACAAAGACUUGACUGGGCCCAUGAAUGAGAACCAUGGACUUAAUUACACCCCCCUGCUCUACUCAAGGGGCAACCCAGGCAUCAUGUCCCCGCUGGCCAAGAAAAAACUUUUGUCCCAAGUGAGUGGGGCCAGCCUCUCCAGCAGCUACCCCUAUGGCUCCCCACCCCCUUUGAUCAGCAAAAAGAAACUGAUUGCGAGGGACGACCGGUGUUCAGGUUUCUCCCAGGCCCAUCACGGCCAAAGCACUGACCACAUGGCGGUCAGCCGGCCGUCAGUGAUUCAGCACGUCCAGAGUUUCAGAAGCAAGCCCUCAGAGGAGAGAAAGAGCAUCAAUGACAUUUUUAAGCAUGACAAACUGAGUCGGUCCGAGCCCCACCGCUGCAGCUUCUCCAAGCAUCACCUUAGCCCCCUUGCCGACUCCUAUGUCCUAAAGCAAGAAGUUCAGGAGGGCAAGGAGAAGCUGCUAGAGAAAAGGGCUCUUCCCCACCCCCACAUGCCCAGCUUCCUGGCUGAUUUCUACUCAUCUCCUCAUCUCCACAGCCUCUACAGACACACUGAACACCAUCUCCAUAAUGAACAGACAUCCAAGUACCCUUGCAGGGACAUGUACAGGGAAUCGGAAAACAGUUCUUUUCCUCCCCACAAACACCAAGAGAAGCUCCACGUAAAUUAUCUGGCGUCUCUACACCUGCAAGACAAAAAGUCGGCUGUAGCAGAAGCCCCCACAGAUGACCAGCCAACGGAUCUGAGCCUUCCCAAGAACCCUCACAAACCUACUGGCAAGGCCCUGGGCCUGGCCCAUGCAGCGCCCGGGCCCCAGGAGAGCAAGAGUGCCUCCCAGUUCCAGGUCAUAAACAGCCAGAGUCGAGACUGUCACCCCAAGGCCUGUCGGGUAUCACCCAUGACCAUGUCGGCCCCUAAGAAAUACCCUGAAUCACUUUCCAGAUCGGGAAAACCUCACCCUGUGAGAUUGGAGAAUUUCAGGAAGAUGGAAGGCAUGGUCCACCCCAUCCUGCACCGGAAAAUGAGCCCUCAGAACAUUGGUGCAGCGCGUCCCAUAAAACGUAGCCUGGAGGAUUUGGACCUUGUAAUCGCUGGGAAAAAGGCCCGGGCCGUGUCUCCUCUGGACCCCUCCAAGGAGGUCUCUGGGAAGGAGAAGGCCUCAGAGCAGGAGAGCGAAGGCAGCAAGGUGGCGCACGGUGGGCACUCUGGGGGCACCUCGGAAAGCCACAAGCUGCCCCUCUCCUCCCCUAUCUUCCCAGGUUUGUAUUCUGGGAGCCUGUGUAACUCGGGCCUCAACUCCAGGCUCCCAGCUGGGUAUUCUCAUUCUCUGCAGUACUUGAAAAACCAGACUGUGCUUUCUCCACUCAUGCAGCCCCUGGCUUUCCACUCGCUUGUGAUGCAAAGAGGAAUUUUUACGUCGCCAACAAAUUCUCAGCAGCUAUACAGACACUUAGCUGCAGCCACACCUGUAGGAAGUUCGUAUGGGGACCUUUUGCACAAUAGCAUUUACCCUUUAGCUGCUAUAAAUCCUCAAGCCACCUUCCCAUCUUCUCAGCUCUCAUCUGUACACCCCAGCACAAAACUGUAAGCCCGGCUCUGCCCAGCAUCCCAAACGGCGUGGAUAACAGAGCUUCACUCCUUAGCCUAGGGGUGAUGGCUUGUAGAAUUAGAAGUCAGUAUUUCUUCUAAUCUGGGGGUGAGAUCAGUCCCGGCCAAAGGGGCUUAGAGGGGAGGUGAACGUACCUGAUAUUUGCAGGAUGAUUCCAGCCUUGGCUGGUCAGUCUUGAGCCCCUGUCAACACAGAUGCCCUCACACCCCAGAUUGUUCACUUUGCUCGCACGGGGGUCUUGUGAAGGGAUUCACGUGUAUCCAGGAAGAGCUUAGAGGACCCCGUCUGAGUUCCGAUGGUCAGGAAACAAUCUGGGCAAAAAAAGGCAGACAUUUCAGAAGAAGGGGCGAGGAAGACUGGCAAACAUGCCAAGGGAUGCCCCUCUCUUCAUAAAACUCUCCAAGGUUCAAUCAAUGCAAUGUAUAGUGAAACUUCAAUAGGUCUUUCAUUUUGACACUAUUAUACAAUCCAGAGAAGUAAACACUGUUAAAUUGACUGUAUAUAUUUGCUUCUUAAAACUACCCGUAUCACUGUUUGCUCACCUAAUUUAUAUACAGGUAAUCCUAAUUUUCUCCCAGUUCCUUCUUGUCCUUUUUUUUUUUUUUUUUUAAACAGUAUCGCUAUUUUUUGCAGGUCGUUUUGUUUUGUUUUGUUUUGUUUUAAAGGCUGACUGUCCUAGUUGUUGAUGUGUGUUUGUAAUUUUUCCACAUCUUAUCAUUUUGAGCAGCUUUGGGUGGUAAUGUUAUUGUUUACAAAUUGAAGCAACUGAUUCUAGUGGAACAAAUGAAAAAAGAAACAGUUGAGCACACGAUAGUGCAAAGAACGUUCCUUUGCAAAUCUGCAACUUAAGGAUUUUGUUCCUCAUAAAUGGCAUAGUUGAAAGAGCUUACACACUGCUUACCCGGCCAAAUGCUUUGCUUUGAAGUGUUGGGUUAUGUGAAAAUAUCGAGCAUUGUACUUACCUUAUCUAGGCUGUGAAACUGUCCUACAUACCAGAGGAAUCAUAAAAACUUAAAACCUCACUGGCAGCAAGCUGCUGAAUAACAACAGAGUCUAGAGGACAUAUUUGUGGGCUGCACAGAUAUUUUAGGAAUUUCAGAAAUUAGAACAGAAGCCAAAAUGAUUUACAUUGGUGUUGGCACUGAUCCCUUUAAAGUCUGGGAAAGGGGGUUGGGAAGAGGAUGGAGCUCGACUAUCCAGAAGAAAAUGAGCAGCGGGAGGCCUAAGCACCAGAUGCCUGCCCUGGGCCAUGGUCUUGCGAGUAACAGGUAGUCACUUUGCCUUCAUCAAGUUGGUCUCUUGUUAUUCCCAUGAAGAACCGCCCAGGCCACGUUUCUGGGGGUAACUGGCGUACCAGAUUACCCAUUUCAAAAGAAAGCCAUCCUCUUCGGGUUUAUGGGGCAUGAGUUUUGCAUGUAUGCACAACACAUAGGGUGGUUUGUGUCUUGUUUUUAACCACCUGGCAACACAGUCCACUAAACGAUUUCUUUUAUUGUUGGAAAGAAAUGGUCAAGCUGCUCAAGCAGUCAAAAGAUGCAGAGAACGUAUAUUGUCAUUCUUGCCACUUUAUUCUAUUUGCUGCCGAGAUGUAACAUCAAGGUGGAUGCAUUUUCUAAGUGUGUUAAAAGUCGAUCAACACAGAGUGGAUUUUCCUCCCAGGUCCCAUCCCUGCUGACAAGACUGCUGUGAUGAACUCCGCAGGCAACCCCACCCUGCCCCACCGCUACCCGUAGACAUUAGAACCAUAGUUAACCAAGUCUUUUACCUCUGAGAUAUUUAAUUCUAUGAAAAUUGAUGACACUUUUCAACUUCUAAAUAGGUAACGCGACUGCAAAAUAAUCAAAAUUGGUAAACAAUGAAACUGUGGCUCUUAAACCAAGCCAUGCAUGCUGUGCGUUUGUAUUGAAAUGUCUCUAUGAUACGAAGCCAAAUAUUCAGUGUAACAUACUUAAUAUCCAAAGGUGGAAACAAAAGAAUGUAGAGAUCUAGUGUUAAGAGUUCCAUUUGCUUCAAUUAAUUAUUUACCUUCCUGUGGAAUAAUAUAUAUAUAUAUUUAAUAGAACCAUAGAUAGACUAGUAGAAUUUAGAUUAUAAAUGUGUGAAUGCAGAUUAUCCUGCUAUUGCACAAGAUAGAGGGGGGGAAAUAUCUCAAUUCCAGCUGGCAGAAUGCUGGCCAGGACACAUAUUAAGAGAGUUGCACUAGAUUGAAUGGUCACAGAAUCAGAGGACAUGGAAGAAGGAGGAAACUCCGGUGUUUCCGCAGCUGACAUGGGCUAGAUCCUACAUGGUUUCUAUGAGUUCAUUUCUCAAAGGAAACGGGGGCAUCUGCCCCUGGUGGAACUCACCUAUCCAUUUUGAGUCUGGGGCAUGUGUUUUCCCCACUGCUGUGAUUUCAGUCUGGUUUCAUCAUGUUGGAAUCCGAUCACACCAUUUUCAAACAAUGUUAACAUAGUCCAGCUUUUGUUUUUCUCAUCUCUUCUGAGAGGAGACUCACUGUUCCUGUCUGAGGAAGCUCAUACCCUCGGCAAAACAUCAGGACAAAUAAAGAGAAAUGGGGGUAUACAUUCCCAACAGAAGCAGUGUGUUAUUUGUUUUAAAACUCCGAGCAGAGAUCUUGGAAAUCUUUCAAAAAGACCAUUGAAUUCUUCAUUGGCUGAGAACUACAUUUUAAAAAGUCUUAAAUAGGGCUUUGUUUGCAUUGUUUGAGUUCAAGGGGCCUUAUUAUUGAAUGGAAUUGCACAAGCCUUUCUUUGUGCAAUCAAACCAUUGUUAUUGGUAGUUCUGUAAAGGAAACUGUGGAAUCUAAUUGGCAAUGGAGUCAUAAAUCUAUUUACUAAGUGUGGCUUCCAAGAAAUGUUGCAAUUCAAAAUGCGCUAAGUCUGUGAUUUACUGGAGAUUUGGAGAUUCUAAAUAAUGUUUUUUUUUUAAACCUUUCCAUGCAACUUCUGGUUUAACUUUUGGCAACUCAGCAUUAAAGAAAAACAAACAAAUAAACAGACAAACAAAGAAACCCAGCCCAAACAAGUUUCAGAAUUAACUAUUCUAGUAAGUGAUUGGAACUUGUAAUAUGUGCCACAGGACUGACUUAUUUAUUUACUAGCUAGAAGCUCUUAAGUUCACUUGUUUAUCAGGGCAUAUACAGAAGGGUUUAUGAAAAACUCAGCGUUGACUUUACAACUUUCUGACCUGGUGCAUGAAUUCUCAAGUACUGUAUUUCACUGUGUUGGUGUGUCUGAUGGAAAUUUUGAGGUGAUCCCACAAAAAUAUUUUAUGUAGUGUGCCUUCAAAGAGAACCAUUUAUUUCUCUUCACUUGUUGUCCCACAGAGUCACAUUUGGUGGUGGUCAGCCAAGUCCCAUCUGGUCUAGUUUUACUCUUGUCCCAAUUUUAAAGAAAAAUGGGAACAAGUCUGCCCUGGUGAGACCCACACCACUGCAAGGAUUAUCUUGAGCACUUAAAUUCCAGUGUUGGCUGUUGAUGUAUUUGAUAUUCUGCUUGUCUCCCCAUGGUUGAAAUAUGUCUGAAGAAUAGCAGCAUAAUCUCUUGGCUGUUUAUACUUUUUAAAAUUUUCCUGUGUUGUAAAUAUUGUAUACUUUUGGUGAUUCCAGCUAUGUAACCUCUAUGCUCUGUAAGGUGAUUAUUUGUAUAUAGCAACAUGGCCCAGUGAUAUUAUAUAGUUUCCCAAUGGAGAGGUUAUUGAGUAACCUUUGCAUUAGUUUAAACACUACCAGAAGAAUGCUGAGCCAACUAUAAACACUCAAUUUUGUAUGUUUUCCAAAUUGUACUUAUUACUGCUUUUGAUACUGUAUUACGUGCCAAUAGUUUCCCAAUCACAUAGCAGGCAAGAGAUAUUUUGUACUUUUUGAUCCACUGUAAUAUUUAAUAAAAAAUGUUACUAUCUGUUUCCUUUUGGUUGUAAUCUGUCACUUCCUCCUCAAGAGCCCUGUGGCCUCACCAGAGUACUUUCCACCCCAUCAUCACCAAAUAGGAUAAUAGCGAGAACAGUGAUGAUGUGGAUGUCUAUGUUUGUUGAGAACCUACCUGGUGCCUAGUUGGCAUACAAUAUCUUUACUCUUCACAGCCCCAUGUAAAUGUGCAUAUGCCCAUUUUACUGAUGAGAAGACUGAGGCUUAGACAGGUA